GUCAGCGCGCGACGGUCGAGAUAAGCCGGCUGUCACGAGCAAGACAGCGAAUUUAACGAUCUCUCUCCCUCCACGUCGCAAUCUCCUUGUUCGCCACCGUUGCUCUUGGCGUAUUGCACGUUCUGUCAAACUUGGAGCAAAAAGGGGUGAAGGGCCGUGCGAUAGCUGGAGUGAGCUGGAGUGAAAGCUUGUGUGGUGCGGGGUGGGGCCGCUUUUAACGCGAAUUUCGUCAGUGUUCUAUUGCACUGACAAAGAUGAAUUGAUCGGUUUGCAAUCGUUUUUCGCACGAUAUCGCAGAGUCGUCGUUUCGUUGUAUUUGCGCCGAUUAUCAACCGUAAAGUCCGAGUCAGCUGCAAGAUAGAGACAUUACAACCAUGGAGGACGAUCUGCCAACCGAGUACGACGUGGUCGUCGUAGGAACAGGUAUGACCGAAUCCAUCGUUGCCGCGGCAGCGAGCAGAAUCGGCAAGAAGGUUCUACAUCUAGACAGCAAUGAGUAUUAUGGAGGACUUUGGGCUACGUUCAAUUUUGAUGGUUUACAAAAAUGGAUGGAAGAUCUAAAAGCAGCUAAAAAUAAUACUAGAAAUGUAAAUGUCAAUUUGGAGGCAGAUGAAAAAUUUUUGAAGGCUAGUGAUCAAUAUUCUACAGUUGAGAACAUUGAAGAAAUCUGGUAUAUUUUCAAAGAGGCAGAUUUGCCUGAUGUUUCCUCAAAAGUUACCCAGACCGAAGGUUCUGGAGAUAGCGCUGCCGUCGAAGGCACCGAAAAGACUGAUCAGGACAAGGCUGACAAGAAAGAAAUCGUUAAACAAUGGAGCAUAGAUCGUAUAAAAAAAGAAUAUAGAAGAUUUAAUAUCGAUUUGGCACCUAAAUUAUUAUUUGCCCGUGGCGAAUUAGUAGAACUAUUGAUUUCUAGCAACAUUGCGCGUUACGCCGAAUUUCGCGCGGUCUCCAGAGUCGCCACUUAUAUGGAUGGCAAACUUACGCAAGUUCCUUGCUCUCGAGCCGAUGUAUUUGCCAAUAAGACAGUCAGCGUAGUUGAGAAGAGAAUGUUAAUGCAACUAUUAACAUCUUGCAUGGAGCAAGGCGCCGAUAGCCCAGAAUUCGAUGGUUUUCGUGAUAAAACGUUCUUAGAAUAUCUAAAUACCAAAAAUCUCACGCCUAUAGUACAGCAUUAUGUCGUACAAGCUAUUGCGAUGGCGACGGAAAAGACAUCCUGCAGGGACGGCGUUAAUCGUACAAAACAUUUUCUCAAUAGUCUCGGACGUUACGGAAAUACACCAUUCUUGUGGCCUAUGUACGGAAGCGGUGAAUUGCCUCAAUGCUUCUGCAGAUUGUGUGCAGUUUUCGGUGGAGUUUAUUGCUUGAAAAGACAGUUGGACGGUGUAAUAGUUAACGACGACAAAUGCAAAGCUAUUAUCACUGGGAAACAAAGAUUGGCCUUGGAGCAUUUAGUUGUAGGACAAGGACACUUGCCACCGGAAAUCGUAGCCUCCGAGGGAGAGAAUCAAAUUUCGCGUGGAAUUUUUAUCACUGACAGGUCGAUUAUGCAAGGCGACAAAGAAAGUUUAACCCUUUUGUACUACCCGCCGGAAGAAGCAGGUCAAGAACCUGUCACCCUAAUUGAAUUGGGACCAUCCACCAACGCUUGUCCGCAAGGAUUGUUCAUGGUUCAUAUGACAUGCAAACGCACCAAUAAUGCCAAGGAGGAUCUAGCAUAUGUCGUGAAUAAGUUCCUGAGAGCUGAGCCUCUCGAUCCCAGCGCUGCACGUAGUUCUUCUGAUAUUCACACUCAAACAGUCUCUCCUGACAAACGACAUCUUCAGGAUGGCGAUCAACGAGGAAAGGAAGAAAUCGAAUAUCCAGUACCUCAAGUGUUGUGGUCUUUGUAUCUAAAUUUACCUGCGAGCGACAUUAAGUUGAGCGACUCCGCGCCAAGUAACAUCCACCUUUGUUCCGGACCAGAUCUCGAACUCGAUUUUGACUUUGCUGUAAAUCAGGCUAAGAACAUAUUUAAAUCUAUGUAUCCGGAUGAGGACUUCUUGCCGCGCGCGCCCGAUCCAGAAGAAAUCGUUCUUGAAGGUGACGAAGCACCGGGUCCGAAAUUCGAAAGUGGCGAUCCGUCGGAGGGCGAGGAGAAACAGGAUGUGGAGAAGGCCGAAAAGGAAGAAGAAUGAACAAUUAGCAUAUAAUGCUUUCUGCGAUAGUGUCGAAGAGAAGACGAGGCUUUUGCGCCUUUAAUGUCUUUUACCUUCAUUGGUAUUGCAUUUCUUUUUAAACUUAUUCAAAAAAAAUAUUUAAAAAAACGAAAAAAUAACAAGGAUACAAAUUAUGAGACAGUAGUAUCGCCACCGAGGGAAGCUUCACGACGUUGAUCUUGCUUUAAAUUGUUCGUACACGCUUUAUAUCUUUGCUUUUUGUCUUGUUCAGAAUAUUUUCACGUUUGCGUUUAUAUAUUAUUAUUGCUUUAAUAUUUAAUAUAUUCAUUAUUCAAUAUCAAUUGUUUUGUUAAUUUUGAUCAAUUUUUUAUAUUAUAUAUUACGUCAUUAUUAAUUGUCAAUUUCUAGUUAUGUUUACUAGCAACAGGAUUCACAGGCUCUAAAAAUUAUUUACAUUUGUUUGAAAUAAAUUAUUUUACAGGAUAUUUUCAUUAGCAGCUCGCGAUUCGUCUCUGUAUUUAUAUCCGGAUAUCUCUCACUCGUACAAGCACAGUGCUUUCGUAUUUAACUUUUUACAGUGAGCAGAUAUGCUUUGGCAAGGACACAAACUCGUUAGAGAAGCACAAAUACGUUUACCAAAGUGAAACACACGCAAAAUUGUAACACCGAUAAUUACCGAGUGAAUAUCUUAUAUUACGAUUUUUACAUCUGUAUAUAUUUCUUUUUACAAAGAUAAAAAGACUUAUAUACGUGUAAAAAUUUAUCUAUAUUAAUAAAUAAGAUGUCCAAAAGAUAUAUAUGAAAAUUUAUUAUAUAGAGAUCAAGGUUUGGGUACGAUCUUCCAAAACAAAAAAAAAAGUACUUAGAUACAUUUUAAAUGAUCGUAAAGGCUAUAUCCAACAAAUUUGCGACAAGAGCUGGUGCAAGAGUAACGAACAAUCCAAGAAAUUCAAGAAGUGAACUAUUGGUUUUCUUUUAGUUUGCUUUGCAGAUAUAUCUUGUUAUACCAUAUUUAAUUAAUAUAUUAUUCAUAGCAAAAGACGAAAGUAGUCUGCGUGUAUUAAAUUUUUCAUACGUAUUGAAGGACUUUCUUUCCAACAGCGACUACUAGACGAAAAAAAAAAAAAAGAUUCGUUCCGAGAUCCAUUCCAAGUAGACA